CUUUUAGACUAGACUGAAGUCCAGAGUAUGAACUCCAUGAGAUGCUGCUUGUUAUUUUAAGCAAACUGGCUGUUAAACUGUUAUUGCUACUUGAGAGACUGACUGCUGUGCCCUCAUGUGAGGAGCGGAAACGUGCAUCCUGUAAAUCCAAUUACUUGACUAAAGCCUAAUGGUGGUGCGAUGCAGCUCAGCCUAUUUACCUUGCUCUCGUGACGCAGGCAGCAGAAGUCACAGCAGAGAUUUGGCUGCGAGAAAUGGGGAAGGGAUUCUUUUUAGCUAGGUUUUGUGUUUCAGCUGAAUGUCGCUCAGUAGAAAAACCGUUGAAAAUGAGUCCUAUAAUGGAAAGAAGACUGGGAAUCACUGGGAUUUUGAAGACACUAUAAUAAGCUCAUUCAAACUUAUCUCGUGUGCAACGGAUAUUAUGUUUGGGGGCCAAGGAAUAGUUGUUCCAUCAUUUUGUCGGCCCCAACCUGGAGACUUGAUUGAAAUAUUUCGUGGGACGUACCAGCACUGGGGCCUGUAUGUUGGAAGGGGUGAAAUAGUUCACCUUGCUCCUCCUUCUGAGAUUGCAGGGCCCGCCGCCUCGACGCGGCUGAUGUCGGUGAUGUAUGACAAGGCCACCGUCAUGAGGGAGGAGCUGGCGGAGGUGGCGGGAAGCGACAAGUUCCACGUCAACAACCUGCUGGACAACAAGCACCGGCCGCGGCACGUGGCGGCCAUACUGCGGGAUGCCCACAGGCUGCUGGGGCUGGAGCUGCCCUACUGCGUGCUGUGGGGAAACUGCGAACACUUUGUCACAGAGCUCCGCUACGGCAGGGCAGAGUCCCAACAGAUUCAUUAUGCUGUCAAGAUAGGUGUUCGAGCGCUUGCAGUCGGUCUGAAGAUUCUGACGGAGGCAUCUAGACGACAAGGCAGAAACAGAAUCACAUCACUGGCAUCCACCAAACCAAGUGCAAUAUGUUCAUCCCAGUGCUCUGAAACCCCCUAGCUUUAGCAGUCACAUAAACUUCAUGUCAUGUCUCAAUUGUUUGUAUUUGAUGUACUUUUCAUAUAUUUGCAAAACAUAGUGUUUAUAUUUUUGUAUUGUUAUUUCACAGCACUGUC